AUGCGCGCACACGCGCAGCCUACCAGAGGAAACCCUGGACCAAUGAAAUCAACCCAGCGCUCUCCGCGUAACCAGUUAGAUUGACGUGUAGGACGCGUCAAAUUAACUCCGGCGAACUUCACCCCGCGGGAUCAGACAAAUCCCUCUUUAACGGGAGAGGAUCGCUCGCAUCCCACUCCGCCGAGUUUGGCAUGUAGAAGCUUUGCAGCGGGAGUACACAAAAAGUUUUCCGAUCUCCGUUCAUCCGCCGAGGGGAGACUUUUAAAGGCACGCGUCGCAAGAGCAAAUGGAGCAAACCUACGGGGAGGUGAACCAGCUGGGGGGAGUUUUCGUCAACGGACGUCCUUUGCCCAACGCAAUAAGAUUACGAAUCGUGGAGUUAGCCCAGCUCGGCAUCAGACCCUGCGACAUAAGCAGACAGCUUCGGGUCUCCCACGGCUGCGUGAGCAAAAUCCUGGCGAGAUACAACGAAACCGGGUCCAUUUUGCCCGGCGCGAUCGGUGGCAGCAAACCGCGGGUGACGACGCCGAACGUGGUGAAAAACAUACGGGAGUACAAGCAAGGAGACCCGGGGAUUUUUGCGUGGGAGAUCCGGGACCGUCUUCUCGCGGACGGAGUAUGUGACAAGUACAACGUUCCCUCGGUCAGCUCCAUCAGCAGGAUAUUAAGGAACAAAAUCGGGAACCUCUCCCAGCCUAACCAGUACGAAAACGGCAAACAGGCACCUCCGCAGUCCGGCAUCUCUUACAACCACAUAUACCCGUAUUCGUACCCUAACGCGAUGUCUCCUACCGGGACCAAAAUGAGCAACCCUCCCGGUGUCCCUGUCACGGGCGGACAUGUGAGCAUUUCCCGCGGUUGGCCUUCGGCGCACACGGUCAGCAACAUACUGGGUAUUCGGGCUUUCAUGGAUCCUUCAGCUAUUGCUAGCGCUGAAGGAUACGCACCAAAAAUGGAGGACUGGGGUGCCGUGAAUAGAGCGACGUUUCCCUCUGCUCACGGAGUCAAUGGGAUAGACAAAUCGGCUAUCGAUGCGGACAUAAAAUACCCUCAGCCUUCGUCGACUCUGUCUAGUUACGUCCCAGCCUGCGCGUACUCUCCCUCCAACCAGUACGGAGUGUACGGCGGCCCGGCAGGCAGUUACGUGAGCCCUGGGCAUCACUGGCAAGCGCAGGGCAGCAGCCUGUCUCACCCCGGCGGAGGCGCAGCAAUGCACCCGAGCGACAUCCAUUCUUCUAUGGCGUUCAAACACGCGGCGCGAGACGGAGACAGAAAACCACCGAGUCCCCUGAGCAAGCAGCAGCACGAAGCCCUGAGCAACAUACACGGACUCAGCCUCUCUACCUCGUCCUCGUAACCGCGCAGAUUUAGAAAGCAAACCGUAAGUUGCACACCUUUCGGCGGCGUCGCGCUUUCCCGAGCGGAGAAUGCCGGAUGAAUGUAUCUUUACUGUAACUGUAACCGUGCGUUGUCCGGCGCUUUGCUCUUUUUAACCGUAAUGCUGGGUUGUCUGCGCUAUUUAUGACAGAGCAAAAAUGAGAUUGGUCCUACAGCUGAGUCACGCAUCGGUACAAUUUUUUUUUUAAUUUUUAUGCAUUGCAUAGACGUGUAUAACAAAUAAACCCCAUGUGAACAAAGUAAUAAACUGUUAAUGUAAAUACGAAGAAAGCUUUAGUUAUAUAUUUUUAUAAAUUCAUGUGUAAAUAUGCUAAAUAAAGGUAUUGCAUAAAAAAACAACAACAAAAAAAAUCGA